AUGGCGCUGCGAGCGCGGGCUCUGUACGACUUCAGGUCGGAGAACCCGGGUGAGAUCUCGCUGCGGGAGCACGAGGUGCUGAGCCUGUGCAGCGAGCAGGACAUCGAGGGGUGGCUGGAGGGCGUCAACAGCCGCGGGGACCGCGGGCUCUUCCCGGCUUCUUACGUGCAGGUGAUCCGCGCCCCCGCCGCCGAGCCGCCGCCCGCCCGCUACGCAAACGUCCCCGUCGGCGGAUUCGAGCCGCUGCCGCCCCCCGCCGCCUUCAAGCCGGCGGCGCAGCAGCCCCCGCCCGAGCCCUUCCCGCCGCCCCCCGCCGGGUAUCCCUUUCCGCCCUACGGCGGCUCCUACCAGCCCAGCCAGGGCAGCGAUGACGACUGGGACGACGACUGGGACGACAGCUCCACGGUGGCUGACGAGCCGGGCGCCCUGGGCAGCUCCUACCCCGACUACGAGGCGGCGGGCGGCGGCGCCUCGGGCCGGUACCGACUGUCCACCCGCUCCGAGCCGUCCCUGGGCCCCCGCGGUGCGGGGCACCCACCGGGGCACCCGCACCCGCCCGGCGGCGGCGGCGCCGCUAAGAGCUCGGCCACGGUGAGCCGCAAUCUCAAUCGAUUCUCCACCUUCGUCAAGUCCGGCGGAGAGGCCUUCGUGCUGGGCGAGGCGUCGGGUUUUGUGAAGGACGGGGACAAGCUGUGCGUGGUGCUGGGCCCCCGGGGCCCUGAGUGGCAGGAGAACCCCUACCCCUUCCAGUGCUCUAUCGAGGACCCCACCAAACAGACCAAAUUCAAGGGCAUGAAGAGCUACAUCGCCUACAAGCUGGUGCCCAGCCACACCGGGCAGCAGGUGCACCGCCGCUACAAGCACUUUGACUGGCUCUACGGGCGGCUAGCUGAGAAGUUCCCUGUCAUCUCCGUGCCCCACUUGCCAGAGAAGCAGGCCACUGGCCGCUUUGAGGAGGACUUCAUCUCUAAACGUCGCAAAGGCUUAGCAUGGUGGAUGGACCAUAUGUGCAGCCACCCUGUGCUCGCUCAGUGUGAUGCCUUCCAGCACUUCCUCACCUGUCCCAGCACAGAUGAGAAGGCCUGGAAGCAAGGCAAGCGCAAGGCUGAAAAAGACGAGAUGGUGGGUGCCAACUUUUUUCUGACCAUCAGUGUCCCCACAGGCUCUGGGGCCAGCCUAGACUUGCAGGAGGUGGAAAGCCAGGUGGAUGGCUUCAAAGCCUUCACCAAGAAGAUGGAUGAGAGUGCCCUGCAACUUAAUCACACAGCCAACGAGUUUGCCCGUAAACAAGUCACUGGUUUCAAGAAGGAAUACCAGAAGGUGGGGCACUCCUUCAAGUGCCUCAGUCAGGCAUUUGAGCUGGACCAGCAGGCCUUUUCAGCUGGCCUCAACCAGGCCAUAGCCUUCACUGCAGAAGCCUAUGAUGCCAUCGGGGACCUCUUUGCAGAUCAGCCCCGGCAGGACCUAGAUCCUGUGAUGGAUUUGUUAGCGUUAUAUCAGGGGCAUUUGGCCAACUUUCCAGACAUCAUCCAUGUGCAGAAAGAACUGCAGGCUUGUCUCUUCAAGAAAAUGCUUAUGAUCUCAGAGGAAAAGCUUUAAGAUUAUAACAGCGAGAAGGACUGACUUCAAAAGGAUUUUGUACAGAGGUAAGAGAUAACCGUUACCCUUCCUUUCUAAAAUUCUGUGUAUGUUUAGUGCUAACUGUGAAAUUGUUUUCCUGCAGUUAAAAGCUCAAUAAAAUUCCAAGUGAAAUAAGCCAUAAGAACCAGAGUAUCAAAUCCAAAGAAGUAAAAGUAAAUAUUAUUUCUUCCUGUCCAGGACAGAGCAUUUUCCUUCUAAGAUAAGCUGCCUAGAAUCCUCAUUCUUAUUCAUAAAAUUCCCCAAGGAAAACCCUUUUAAGUACACUUUCAGCUAUUUGAUUCAGAGGGAAACAUCAUGCAUAGCUUAGAGCUGAUGCACAUUUCCCUUGCUGGUUUCCUGCAAGUCUCUUAGUUCCUUUGGGAAUCAUUCAAGACACAGCAUAUUUUAUUCCUGCAUCAUUAAUCACACAGAUAAGAAGGAAGAAUAUUCUAUGUGAAUAUACCUACCUUUAUCUGAAUGUGAAUCUGUCUAAAAUGUACUUUAUCACAAAUUCCAAACACUCAUUGAAGUGUUUGCUACCCAGCAAGGCACUCAAGUAAACAUGCAGGGGAAAGAUUUUGUUAUAUUGUGUUUAACUGUGGUUGACUAAGACCUGAAUUUUUUUCUCUGCAAAGGUUGUGGUACCAGUGAGUUCAGAUGUCAGAUCUGCCCCUAAACUUGUGUCUGUCAUCCUUUCCAGUUUUUCUGGCUUUUAAACCACAUUCUUAGAGUUCUGCCGGUACACUACAGUAGGUUGUGAUUGGAAAGGGCUGGCAGCAAUUUAGCUUUAAGCCUAACAAAAGCAGGAAUCAGGGAUCUAGACACCAUAUAUUCCUAGGCCUGACAAAGUAUUCUUCCAGAGAUUUGCUGCUGAACAGCAGGGGACCGUGGCCAAACACUUUGAUAAGUGACCUCUAUAAGGAAAAUUGAUGUUACUUGCAACAGGAGAUAACUCCUUUUUAUUUUUAAAUACAGACCAUUACCAUGAAUUUAGCAAGUUACUUUUGUAGAUAUGUUUCCAGGCAGCACUUGUGUUUAGCAUCCCAGCACUGAAUUAUUCCCUCUUUGCCUUUCUGGCAUGUUAAUGGAAUCCGUUUCACUGCUUUUGCUGAUUAGAUAACAAAACAGACUCUAAUGAACACAAUGAAGCAAAAAGCUAUUUGUCAGAGCUGGUUGAAAUCUUUCCAAUUAAUAUUUCAACAGGGUUUAAUCUAAGAUCCCCUUUCAUAAAAUAUUCACAAAUGUAAUUCUUUCAUAUUCUUACAUAUUCACAAAUGUAAUUCUUCAAAAGGAUAUAUUUUGUAAGUAUCCUAGCAAAAAGAAUUUCUUAAGGAUUUGGAAAAAAGUAUAAUAUCUUGGGUUUUCUUCUUAAUCUUUUUUUUGUUUGCCUCAUUCUCUAUUUCCAGUUCAAUUUCCUCCCUUCUCCUGCUAGAAAAUGUUUAAAAUAUGCAGCAUCCUAACUGCUUAUUUUUGAAGGUAAAAAAGUAUACAAAGCAGUCUCUAAAUUGAAGCUGACAAAAAAGAAUGAGAACUGUUCUGCCAUGUAGUUUACCUUCUUUUUUUUACCAUUUUGUGCCUCAAAGGAAAAAAAAACUAUUUCAAAUCAAAGCAGCUUUUUCUCCUCAAAAGACUAACACUAAGAUACUGUUAAAAUAUAAUUAAUUUUAUCAUGAAGAAUUACAAUAGCUAUAGAAUUUUAAAUAAAAUAAGAAAUAAGAAAUUUACACAUCAAAAAAGAUAUUCAGUCUAACUCACAAGUUCCUGGCAGCAGAGGAGGCUUUGCAUGAUGGCAAACCCUACUCUUCAAAGACAGAGAUCCAGUAAACAUAGGGUUAUACCCAAGCUUCUGCCUGCAUCCUUGCCUCCAUCUUUUGGGUUAUGCUGGGUAACCUAAGAAGUCACAUUUAGGUCUAAAAAAGUAAAAAUGUGCUAGCUAGUCUAAUGCAGGUGCAAGGAAAUCUCUGAAAGUAUAAGGUGUUAUCAGCUGAGCUUUAAUAAUGUCCUAGGAGAGAAAUUUCAUGGCUCUUCUGGGAAUGUGUUCCAGUGCUUAAUUGCUUUCAUGACAAGGAUUUCUUGUUCCUUUAAAUCCAACCACCAUUUGGAUAUUUGCUUUUUGCCCAUUGUGCUCUGGCAGUGCACUUCUGAGAAGGUCCUAACUCUGCUUUUUCUAUAACUUCACUUUCUGUAAGAUUAUAUUAGAGCUUUGUUUUCUUCAGGAUGAGCACUAAAAAUAAUUCUCUCCAAUAUGUACAUUUUUAUACACUAGUAUUCUUCAAACAUCAAAGAAUAAAAAUUGUCUGUUUCAUUAAUAACCCCAUUUUUUAAAUUCAUUGAAAAGUUUCUUGUAUAAAGAUUCCUUGAGUAUUCUUUAC